CACACAUCAACCUUCGCAUUUCAAGGCCACAGUUUCACAAUCUGGACAACUAUGUCGACAAUGGUGGCGACGCAAUACACCUGGGUUCGAGGACGUUGUUUGGGAGAGUAGCGCAGACGGACAGCAGUUCAGACACCCCUUCAAGCACAUGUCAGCCUGGUAAUGACUCCGCAAUAUGCGCGAAGCCAGUGAGCGAGAUGCAGACUCAGACACUGCCUAUUGUGUUAGGCGCAGUGUAUGUUAACAUUCGUUCGGUUGAUGAUCUUUACUGACGCAAACAGUAUCCCGAUAUGCUGUGCACUUAUAGCGUUCGCCAUCCUGCAUCGCAAGUUCGUCAAGCGACAACGGCUAGAAGACGCGAACGACCCUCACAGAUCCUUGGACUUUGGUGUUGACUUGUCAAAGCCCUCCACGGGCAAGGGCAACGUUCCCGAGAUGACCGUAACCGACCUGGGCACUGAGGUCUCCAGUAACCCAGGACAGCGGAUUCGGGGCAUGUCGCUGGACGUGGUGAACCCUUUCCUGCUGCCGGCUGGUUUACAAGGCUCGCGCGAAUCCAUUCACAGCAUGGCUCGCUCGCAACAUGACGAUCCUUACCGGCCUGUGACAAUGUUGCGAACGUCUUCUGAAUCGCCUUCUCGCCCGAAGCUCGAUGAUGCAUCAACGUACUCCGUCUCCACUAAGAACUCCACGAGUGAGAAAGCUGAUCUGUUGGCGAAUGCUCAAAGGAUGUCACGGUCAGGUCCGCCACGCGUUGACUCCAUGUCUCCACACAAUUCACAGUCGUUGGAGAACACGAGCGCGCACCCCCCGGGAAAUGCGAGCCGGAGUGCACCUUCGAGCCGCAAGAACAGCCUUGCGCCAGUGGAGCAAUCGCUUCCCAAACCAACCCAGCCGCGAUCUCGCCAGCAGUCUCUGCCCCGAGCCAACCCUCCGGCGGUUGCGGCAGGUAAGCAGAGCAUGGACGAUAGGAAGCGAAGGUCAUCCUCUACGCCACGCACGGCACGGACGCGCUCCGCAUCCUCGAAAGCCAUGCCUAGAAAAGCAUUGCCUUGGGAUGAUGCGCAAGCUGUCGCAAACGCUCUUCCACCGCCACCAAUGCCGCAGCCGAACACCAAUGAAGUUGAACCUAGAACAACAAUUACUGGACGCUACUCCAUGGAGACCUCGCACGCGUCGCAGAAACAUCCUGCCCUGCCUCCGCGGACGUUAGCCAUGGGCGCCCGCCCACUACCGCCAGACCAACCCGAAGAGUCACCCGAAGCGCGUGCGAACCGCAUCCGAUCAUUCUACAAAGAGUACUUCGACGCUUCUCGUCAGAGCGGUACACGUAACACUCGCAUGACCGAUGACUUCAGUGACCUUCAAGGCGCUAUCUUUGAUCCGGAGACUGGCAACUUCUUCAUGGCUGGUGGUGCCCGCCCUUACGCUCAGCCCGUGGGUCGCCGUGCCAUGACACCUCCGCCGCGUGGCGCGCCUCGUCCGCAAGACGUACACGGAAGACAUACUAGUGUUGUCUCUGCAGGUCGUGCACAUCCUAGGGGCCGACAAGGCCCGCAACCGCCAACGCUAAAGGUCAAAGUGCCGCCACCUAAACCGCUGCAGAGCCUGCCGACUCCGCACAUGCUCCGGGACUAUGACUCUACCAUCAGCAAUCCUAUUGACUUCGCACCGCCGAUCUCGUAUCGUCAGAUGCAGAACGGCAGCGCCCCCGCCAGUCCGAUCGGAGGCUCAAAGCCGUACAGUCCGUCCGUGAAGGCUUUCAACCCGCUGGUUUCGUCCUUCGACGAUCUCUCUGUCAUGCCGUCACCUCACCUUCUCCGCAAUUCCGGCACAUUCACAGCACUGGACUUCGCUCCGCCAAAUCGCCUUGGCAGCCACAACGAUACUGGCAGUGAAACGGGCAGCAUCCGCAGCGCUCGUUCUGGCAUCUCAGCUUUGCAGCUCGAUGCUGUUCGUGCAGGCGCCUACCGCGUCUCUCGGAUACCGCAAGAGAUCGUGAUGACGAAAGAUGACUUGGCGUUGCAGCUGCGACCCAAAAUGAACCUCACUGCCCCAGCCUAAUUUGGAUUCUAGGUGGUGGCAUUCUAUGCGCAGCACCAAUCACGCUUACGAGACGACGCAAGCGCUUGUAUAAAAUCUUCCCUAACAUCGCAUCAGCGGCUUUUGGUGGCAUUGGGAGGGUUAUAUUCACGGCCAAGGCCAUCGCAGGCGUUCGGAAACCAGAUGGGUGGCUGUGGUCUCAAUAUGCUACUAAUCGACCAUAACUUUGCAUCUGUUCUGGAGCUCGGUAAGGCAGCCGCCGUUGAGAUGAGAAAGCGGCCGGUGUGCACUUGCUUGGAUUGGACAUGGGGGCUUUGUGAGUGACAGCUAAGCUCAUUGUAGAUAUGGUGCGGCAAAUCAGAUGUACAGUGUCAUCUGUCUCUGCUCCUCAUGGCUCAUUCUCCGUUUUUUGCUGAUUUGACAUUGCUUCUGGUAUGAGCCGACGGCUUCUAGCUCCAACAGUCACCCGGUGUGGUAGAGAUGAUAGGGCGCCU